UUUUCAAACGCCAUGUUUACUGCGCACCUCCUCCAUCACAACCAAUUGGCAGCAGCGCUAACGGAUGAUGCAACUGAGUGAUCCCAAGCAUGACUGAAACAGUGGAGACUGUUAAGACGGAGGAUAUGCCUCCUUUGGAUGAAGACCCUGAAGUGGAGAAUGAAGAUACAGAGCGCGAUGUUGUUCAGUAUGAAUCAGAAAAAUCUGAAACUCCUAACAAAACUUGUCAAAUCGUUGAAGGAAAACGAGAGAAGAAAGUGGUUCAGAGACUUGAUAUGCAGAUGUGUAAACCAAAGGAAAAGGCAAAGAUUGAGAGCACCGGAAAAGGUGCCAAACUUGGAGACAUUGCACGAAUUAAUCACAGCAUCGGAAAACUGAAAGCCCCUCUUCUGAAACCAUUGCAUAAGAUUGUUUAUGAUCGACCCGGAGCUGCGUCAUCUCUGCGGAAAAAUCUUCGGCUGUUUAAUGGGUUCACCUUUGAUGUUGACAGUGACCCUUACAGCAAAAAGUUGUUAAAAGUGAUCAGGCUUCCGAAAACACAGCUCAAAACUAUCUGUCAGACUCUUGAUCUGGAGAGGUCUGGAAAGCAAAGUGUUCUUGCUGAAAGGAUCAUGACAUUUCUCCUUAGUCCAACCAACUCCGGGAAGCCUGUUUUAAAGAAGAAGAAAAGAAAGACAACCAAAGAUGUCAAAGGCGACAAGUCUUCAUCCAAAAGUAAAAAGACACAAAAAAAAGUGGAAGGUGGGAAGUCUAGAGCCAUCGUCACUGAUUCCAGCAGUGAUGAGGACGACGACGAUGAUGACGAUGAAGAGGAGAAAAAAGAUAAUAAUAAGAGCACUGAGAAGUCAAUGGCAGUGAGUCAAAAGCGUAAGAACAGCGAAAGUCAAUCUUCUGAUAAAGAUGAAGAUGAUGAAGACGAUGUCAAUGAGGAAGAUGGUGAGGAAAAGCAAAAUGAUGUUCCGGAGGAGGACAGUGAGGAGGAAAAAAAAUCACCUCGUAAGAAGAAAUCUCCUGCCAAGAAAGCGAUAAAGAAAUCUGAGCAAAAGUCUGAUGAGUUAACAACAGAUGACAGUGACCAAUGCAGUAAGGAAGACAAGACUGUCAAGAAGACAACAAAGAAACCUGCUGCAAAAAGAAAAGCUCCAGUGAAGCCUGUCCCCAAAACCAAGAAAGCUGACAGCAGUAGCAACAGGGGGAAAAAGACUGCAAGCAAGAGCAAAUGUGAUGAUAGUGACAGUUCUGACGAUGAUCAGCCAUUGAUCAAGAUGAUUAAAAAGCCUCCAACCGAUGAUCAGCUAAAGACAACAAUCCAGGAUCUGCUCAAGGAUGCAAACUUGGAGGAAGUCACAAUGAAGCAACUCUGCAGACAAGUUUUCGACAAAUACCCAGACUUUGAUCUGACCAGCAGGAAGGACUUUAUCAAGGACACUGUUAAAAGUGUAAUAUCCUAAAGGGAAAACUGCUUUAUUUAAAAAGGCGAGGGUGAAGAUGAUGUAUCAAAACUCUAUUUUCAUGACAUCACUUGUUUUGUUUUUUGUCUUUUUAUAUGAAGUUGCUGAGCUUUCCAUUACAAUCCGCUUUUUUGUAUUUUAAAGUAUUAUUGUGUUGAUUUGAGACAAUUACUAUGACUAUUGGAUUUUGUUUUUAUUUAUCAGGUAACCCAAUAUUACAAGUUGUAUAAUUAUAUUUUUCUGGAUUGUAAAAGGGGCUGUGAGGGGCCAUUCCAAAAUUUAAGCAAGACCUUGUCACUACUACAACACCUUUAAUACUCAUCAUUUUAUAAUCAAAGUCAAAAGUCUAUGUCAUAAUUGUGUUCAGUGAGCACACAAGUCAUUGUUGCAUUUGUAUUUCUGUUGAUAUAGCAUUACCAAGGUGUGUUCUUCUGCCAGGUGUGUUAACACUUGAUCGGUUGGGUGAUAAACUGUCAUUAUCACUGGGUUACUUUUCUGAGGGCCUGAAUGUAUGAAAGCAACACAUUUAGAAAUGUUGUCGUGUAGAUAUCAAUAUUGGUCAUCAUUUGAGGUUUCACAGAGUUAUUCUCUUUUGUUCUUUAUGGAGGGAUUUGAUGUUUUUCUUACUAGCUUGUAUAAAGACUUGGCUGAUUUGAUUUAUUUACAUUCCUGAUUUCAUAGUUAGAUUUUUGUGUUGUGUAAAUACAUGUUACUAUGUGCAUUUGGAUCUUAUUGUAUUUUAAAUACAAGUCAUAUAGAACAAGG